AUGGAUUUACAAACAUUACAAACAAAUCCAUUUAGACAUAGAAGAGUAUCAAGCUCUUCUACUGAUGAUGAUGAUCCUUAUGAUGUUGCUGAAAACUAUUACGGAGAUAAGCAAAGAAAAUCAAAUAAAUUAACUUCUCCAUUAAAUAGAGUUCGAACAUUUUCUGUAAUUGAAUCUCAGUCUACAAGACAAAAUUUCUUGAGACAGUUACAAGAAUUACAUCCAACUUCAACCAUUAAAGAACUUUCAGAACCUCCAUCUUCCGGUUCUUCCAAAUCUCCUACUCCCCCAACUGCAACAUUCCCUCAAAAUAUGCAUAGACCAAAUGGUACCAAUAUCGUAUUUGCUAUGCAUUCAGAUGAUGAAGAAGAUGAAGAAGUAGUUAGUCCAACCAACCCAUCCCCAUCCCCAUCUCCAGAUGCUUUCAUUCCUCAUUCAUUAAAAGAUACUAUUCCACGUGAAAUACCUACCCCUCCCCCACCAGAAAAACAAGAACAGGAAGAUAAGGAACCUGUAUUUAGAACACCAGGUCCGAUUGAGUCGACAAUGCCAGAAAGAAAACACCUGCACAGUGAUAUCACUCCUGCUGAUGGUAUAGAUCACUAUGGAGGAGAACUCAAAAGAAGACCCUCCAUUAUUCCCAUCUACCAAGAAAAUCCAUCGUCUGCAUCAUUAGCCGCCGCACCCAAAGAAAAGUUCCAUUAUAGAAGAGCUUCAGUUGAUGAUACUCAUAUUAGACCAAAAAGGUUUUAUAUCCCCAAUAUUGAAGCUACUUUAAAAGAAUUAUUAGAAAAUGAAGAUACUGAUGGUAAUUGUCAAAUCACUAUUGAAGAUUCUGGUCCAAAAGUAUUAAGAUUAGGUACGGUUAAUUCAAAUGGGUAUAAUCAAUCUUCUGUUAGAGGAACCUAUAUGUUAUCUAAUUUAUUACAAGAAUUAACUAUUGCUAGUAGAUUUGGUAGACGUCAAAUUGUUCUUGAUGAAGCAAGAUUGAAUGAAAAUCCAUUGAAUAGAAUGAAACGAUUCAUUUCAACUAGUUUUUGGAAAGCAUUAACUAGAAGAGUCACCAAAGAAAACAUUGUUGAAAUGGCAAGAGAUACCAAGAUCAAAGAAAGUUGGGUUGAUCCAGAUGGAACUGUUCAUAUCAACGAAGAUUCUCAUCGUAUUUAUGUUCCAUAUAAUCGUCCUGAUCAAUAUGAAUUUUUCAAAAAAAUUCAACAACAUACAAAAGGGGUAUAUUUAGAUGUUCAAUAUUUACCAAAAGUUAUCGAUGGUAAAUAUAUAAAAUCAAUCAAUAAGAAACCAGGAUUAUUAUCACUUGCAUCCAGACCUGAUCCUGAAGAUCCUACGAAUUUAUCCUUUUGGCCAUAUGUUGUCCCCGGUGGUAGAUUUAAUGAAUUAUACGGAUGGGAUUCAUAUAUGGAAACAUUGGGACUUUUGACUGAUGUUACACCAGGUAGAAGAGAACAUUUGGAAUUAGCAAGAGGGAUGGCUGAGAAUUUCAUUUAUGAAAUUGAUCAUUAUGGAAAAAUCUUAAAUGCCAAUAGAUCAUAUUAUUUAGGUAGAUCCCAACCACCAUUCUUAACUGAUAUGUCCUUGAGAAUUUUUAAUAAAACCAUUGAAAUUGCUCCUGAAGAAUUACCUGAUGCUAGUGAUUUCUUGAAAAGGGCAACCAUUGCUGCUAUUACCGAAUAUGAAAGUGUAUGGUGUUCCAAACCAAGAUAUGAUGAACGUACUGGAUUAUCAUGCUAUCAUCCCGCUGGUGUAGGUGUUCCACCAGAAACUGAAGCUACUCAUUUCGAUGCUGUCUUGGAAAGUUAUCUUCAAAAAUAUGGGUUGUCUCGUGAUGCAUUUAUUGAAAAAUAUAAUGAUGGAAUUAUUAAAGAACCGGAAUUAGAUGAAUAUUUCUUACAUGACCGUGCAGUGAGAGAAUCGGGUCAUGACACUUCAUAUCGAUUAGAAGGAAAAUGUGCCUAUUUAGCCACGGUUGAUUUAAAUUCAUUAUUAUAUAAAUAUGAAAAAGAUAUUGCAUUCAUAUUAUCCAAUUUCUUUGAUGAUGAAUUAGAAGUUGAUGGUACAUUAUAUAAUAGUCAAAUGUGGCUUGAUAGGGCGGAAAUUAGAAAAACCAAUGUUGAUAAAUAUUUAUGGAAUGAAGAAGAUUCAAUCUAUUAUGAUUAUAAUGUCCAUGAACAACAACAAACAAGUUAUGAAUCCGCCACCACUUUUUGGCCCCUUUAUGCCGAACUUGCAUCUCCUCAUCAAGCAGAAGCAAUCGUUACCAAUUCAUUACCAAAAUUCGAAGAGCAUGGAGGAUUAGCUUCUGGUACUUUAAAAUCCCGUGGUGAGAUUGGAUUAACCCGUCCAUCCCGUCAAUGGGAUUAUCCAUUCGGUUGGGCCCCACAACAAAUCUUAGCCUGGAUAGGAUUGGUUAAUUAUGGAUACGAUGGUGUAGCCAGAAGAUUGGCAUAUAGAUGGUUAUUCAUGAUGACGAAAUCAUUUGUUGAUUAUAAUGGGGUUGUGGUUGAGAAGUAUAAUGUCACCAAGGGGGCAGUACCCCAUCGUGUGGAUGCAGAAUAUGGAAAUCAAGGAUUGGAUUUUAAGGGGGUGGCUACUGAAGGGUUUGGAUGGGUUAAUGCUAGUUAUUUGUUUGGAUUGCAAUUUUUGAAUCUUUAUGCUCAAAGAGCUUUGGGGACUUUGACUCCUCCAAAAGUUUUCUUAAGAAAUAUGCAUCCUUCUCAAAGAGCUGAUUAUAAUUGA